AUGAAAGUCACUCAUGUAAUUUUUGACUUCGACGGUCUUCUCGUUGACACCGAACCAUGUGUUAAAAUAGUACAUACGAAGCUACUUUCCCGAUACGACCGUGUUUACACCCCAGAGAUUGCAUCACAUGUGAUGGGUCGAAAAGAAGUUGAAUCAAUUAGUUGGCUUCUUAAGGAGCUUAAAAUAGCUGAUAAAAUCACACCCGAACAAUAUAUGAACGAGUACGACUCGAUGUUGACGGAAAUGUAUCGUCAUUGUAAAGCGAUGCCUGGUGCGGAACGAUUAGUGCGCCAUUUUCACAAAAAAGGGAUCCCGAGUGCAAUAUGCUCAGGUUCUCGCAAAUCAAUGUACGGCCCACGACGUGAACCCCAUAAGGAGUGGUUAGAUCUAAUACCGCUACAGGUAUUCUGCGGCGACGAGCCGAACAUUAAACGUGGAAAGCCUUACCCAGAUGGCUUUUUGGCUACGAUGGAUAGGUUCCCAGUGAAGCCCUCUGAUCCUUCAAACGUAUUGGUUUUCGAAGAUUCGCCGAAUGGUGGACGAGCUGCAAAGGCUGCUGGUAUGAAAUGUGUGAUGGUGCCAAACGAAAAACACCGUGAGGAGGCGAUGCAGAUAAAUGUCACUAAGCUGCUGAACAGCCUCGAAGAAUUCUGCCCAGAAGAGUUCGGUCUUCCUGCAUUUGACUAA